UGGCUGAGGGCAAAGGGGAGACAUAAGCUCUGGCUACCAGAAGCAGCUGAGUGGCUGUGGAGUCAUGAGUAGCAGCCAAGAGGCAACAAAGGUUGGGGAGAGGUAGAAAAAGCCAGGCAGAUAGGCUCCGGGCUCUCUUCUCUUUUGGAGCUACAACCAAAGUAAACGCUCACUCAUUGCAUAAUCCUUCUAUUUGUCCAGAGCUACAUGUAGUCCAGAAACCUGUGCUGAGAGGUGACUACAGGAGGCAUUGAGAAAGGACUGGACAAGGAGGGGAAACUGCAGGAGAACAAGGGUGGUCUUCAUUGUCUCCAGGAUGGAGAUCCACAAUGUAUCUGCCCCCUACAACUUCUCCCUGCCGCUGGGCUUUGGCAAGCGCCCCACAGACCUGGCACUGAGUGUCAUCCUGGUGUGCAUGCUGCUCAUCAUCAUGCUCUCGCUGGGUUGCACCAUGGAGUUCAGCAGAAUCAAGGCUCACCUCUGCAAGCCUAAGGGACUGGCCAUCGCCAUGGUGGCCCAGUAUGGCAUCAUGCCCCUCACUGCCUUCUUGCUGGGCAAGGUUUUCUCGCUGACCAACAUUGAGGCACUGGCCAUCCUCAUCUGUGGCUGCUCACCUGGAGGGAACCUAUCCAAUAUCUUCAGUCUGGCCGUGAAGGGGGACAUGAACCUCAGCAUCAUGAUGACCACCUGCUCCACCUUCUGUGCCCUGGGCAUGAUGCCUCUCCUCUUGUUCAUCUACUCCAAAGGGAUAUACGAUGGGGACCUGAAGGACAAGGUGCCCUAUGGAGGCAUCAUGCUAUCACUGGUCAUGAUUCUCAUUCCUUGCACCAUAGGAAUCUUCCUAAAAUCCAAACGGCCACAAUACGUACCCUAUAUCAAAAAGGGAGGAAUGAUCAUUGUUGGCCUUCUCAGUGUGGCCAUCUUAGUUCUCAGUUUCAUCACUGUGGGCAAGAGCAUCAUGUUUGUCAUGACACCGCACUUGCUGGCCACCUCCUCCCUGAUGCCUCUCAUGGGCUUUGUGUUUGGUUACCUUCUCUCUGCUCUCUUCUGCCUCAAUGCACAGUGCAGACGCACUGUCAGCAUGGAGACUGGAAUUCAAAAUGUUCAGCUCUGUGCUACCAUCCUCAACGUGACCUUCAGGCCUGAAGUCAUUGGGCCACUUUUUUUCUUUCCUCUCCUCUACCUGAUUUUCCAACUUGCAGAAGGAUUUUUCUUCGUCAUCAUCUUUCGGUGCUAUGAGAAAAUCAGUCCACCCAAAGACAAAAACAAAAUGAUCUACAAAGUUGCUGCAACUGAAGAAUCAAUUCCAAGAGCUCUGGAAAAUGGCAUCCACAAAGAAGAGCAACACAAAACCUAGCCCUUUUCUUGAUGGCCUAGAUUCCCGUCUCAUGGCAAGUCAAUAAACCAACAUGUAAACAACAGAGCACCAAAAAAGAAAGGAACAACGGUUCCUGACUCUUUCUCUGACACUUCCAGAAAACCUUUAUUUACAGCACAGCAGAAUUGUCAAGUUUGGGUCUCGACAGCAGUAUCUAUGCAGGAAACCCCAGUUCAAGAUUUGGUACUUGUUUAAAAAAUAAGAGCCUAGCUCAACAACUAAUAAACCCAAGGAGACAAAAACUGUAUCUUCCAUCUUUUGCCCCUGGAUCUCUAGAAAAAUGCCAUGUAAAGCUUAUUUAAAAGAAGUCACUUGAUUUCUGAACUAAUCAAUAAAUGGGUACUCCAUCUAUUAAUCAAA